CAAACAUAUUUUACCACGAUCACUUACAAACAGUAAUAACUGAUAAUAAUAACUUGUAUUAUUAAGUAAUAUACUUAACCAGCAAUCAUGUCGCUCAAUAUUGUACUAGUUGCCCUUGUAUACCUUUGUGUUUUAUUCACCAUAAGCAAUUCUGUAUUUAUAUCUCUGGUGGGCGAACGUAAGAUACUUUACCAGGCUGACCCUGAAACCCCUUACUAUGAAAUUGUUUUGGCCUGCGCUUACGACUACGACUGGGACGAGAGUAUCCAAAAGGUUUACUUCUCUCAUAAUGACCGAGUAUUUUACACGAGAGGACAGUCUGACGACUGGGUAAGCAAGUAUGAUGAUUCUACGAUCAGUGGGAGAGACACUACGAGUAUGACGCUUGCUCAAACAAAAGGAAUUGGCAUCACCCUGACCAAUGUGACCAAAAAUUUUUUCGGGGACUACCGGUGCAAAGUGGACUACUACUCGGAACUGGACGGGAAGUCAUACCCUAAGGACUCCUACCAUAAGGUGUCAUUCGGUCGCUCAGAUAACGGCACCUUUUGGCUCGACAACUAUAACAGUGCCUAUACCUAUAGCUCAUCCCUAUUUGUGAUGUUCACAUCCCUUGCGGCGUACUCUGUGUUUGGAAACAAUUUAUAA